CACUGUCAGAGAGACGUGCUCACAAAAGCAAUACAAAAGAAAUCCAAAUACCAACACGAUGUUCAAGGUACUGUGUUUACUUGCUUUCGUUGCGGUGGUGUCCGCCGGAAUUAGCCAACCGAGGCCGUCGGCCGUCCAUCAGCCCAGAAUUGUGAAGCGGGAGGCUGAGACCGUGCCAGCAGAGCCAAAAGAAGCAGUGGAAGUGGUCGAGGGCCAGGACGAUAUGGAUAAGGCGGAGACGUUCGGGUUCGGAUACCACAAGGUGAUCCACACCUAUCCGAGCUAUUACCCUGGUUUCUACCCUGGCUACUAUGGAUACGGUUAUCCUGCCUACUAUCAGCCAAGCUUCUACCAUGGAUACUAUUAUUAGAUAUUUAUUGAAUAAAGAAAAAAACAUAAU